CAACCCCAAAUUACCAUUGGAUUUGGAGUUGCCCUUAUUAUCAUUUAUUUAGUUUACAUUUUAUUUUCUGUACCUUCUGAGUGUGAUAGAGAAAGACCCACAAAGUGGGUCAGCUUUUUUUUUUAUCCUAAAUGAAAAACAUAAAAAUAUGUGUGAUUUUAUAGAGGAAGCGCAUGUGUAAAUGUGUGUUUGGGAAUCAGACACUGACAGCUCUUUAAAUUUUAAUAAUAAAAUAAGCUGUUUGGCUUUGCCAAUCAAUCAAUUAUUCCUUUCUCUCUACCUUUUCUUUCUUUCUUCCUACAUUUUGUUUUUGGCUGGAAGUUUUCAGCACCAUUACCAUUUCCUUUACCAUUAUCAUUUACAUUUUCCCCCUAAUUUCAGUGCAAAAAAAGAAGAGUCUAAACUCAUUUUCCUUACUAAUCACUUGUACACACCCUUGAAAAAGUUGUCUUUUUGUUUUUUUGUUUUCCCCCAUUUUCCUGUUUUGUUUUUUGGUAUUAUCCUUAACCCAAAAUUCAUUAUUGUAUUCUUCUUGCGUCUUGCCAUAAGAGUAAAACCCAAUUAAUACCAUCCAACCAAGUUCCCAAAUAUUGUAAUUGUAUGAUACUCCCAUUUUGGGUUUAUUUUAUUUUAUUUUUUUCAAAGAAAUGGCUCUUAUUUCUUAGUGUUGUCACUAUUUUAUUAUUUAUAAAAAAUUAAUAUUUACUUAAUUUGACAAAGCUUCUAACUUUCUUAAGUUUCCUGUAUUUGUUUUCAGUGAUAGGUCGGUGAGUCACUGAGUUGAGUUUUUCUUUGUAACUGUUAUCUUCUUUCUUUUUCGAAGCUGUACUACUCCGCCAUUAAUAUACUAUAAUGAAUAUUCAUCGAACAACCCUCCUCCUUGAGUUGUCAACAUUUUGUAUUUUUUGGGAUUAAAUCUCAACCGGGUUGGCCUCAAAAUCUUUUAUUUUUCUGUCUUUGCAGACAAAAAUUGUGGAAAGAAAAUAAUAUCCAUUAUUAUUACCAAAAACAAGCUCACCUCCAAAUCUGAUUCUUUGUACAAAACAAAUGCAUGACCUUUAUCUUUUGUUUCGUACUAUUCAAUCCUUUUCUGGUAAGAAAUUUCUUCUGGUUUUCAAGUCCAUCACUGUUUUUUCACUGAAAUAAGAAGAGAGAAAGAAGUGAAAAUAAAGCCCUCUCGUUCAUAACUUUUAGCUGCUCUUUUUUCAAGAUUCUCGUGAUUCUUUGAGAGGUUUUCCCAUCUGGGUUUUGUUUGUAUUCUUCGGUAGAAGUUGACUGAUGCCUAUUGAAGCUCUUCAAAAAUGGCGAAUCUCGUCCCGGGGGUCCUUCUCAAGCUUCUUCAGCAUAUGAACACUGACGUCAAAGUCGCCGGUGAGCACAGGUCUUCUCUUUUACAAGUCGUUAGCAUCGUCCCGGCUCUAGCCGGAGGCGAGCUCUUCGCGAACCAAGGUUUUUACCUCAAGGUCUCCGACUCUUCUCACGCCACUUACGUUUCUCUCCCCGACGAACAUGAAGAUCUCAUUCUCAGCGAUAAAAUCCAAUUGGGUCAGUUUAUCCAUGUUGAACGGCUCGAAUCGGCUUCCCCGGUUCCGAUUCUCCACGGCGUUAGGCCCGUUCCGGGUCGCCACCCCUGCGUGGGAACCCCGGAAGACAUUGUGGCGACUCACACGCUUGGAUUUCUCAACGGAGGUAACAAUUCGUCUUCAACUUCGGGUUUGAAAACGACAGAGAGAGCUAAAUCGGAUUCGAAACUGAGAUCGAAUGGUGGCGGGAAGGAGGAACAGUCGGAGAAGAAAACGGCUUCAUCGCUCGGUCGGUCAAAGCCGAGCCAGCAGCAGUCGAAGCUGUCGAUCAAUGUGGAUGUAAAGGAGCCAUUAGGGAGGAUGAAGUCAUUGAAUUCGCGGCCGAUUCCGUCUUCACCGACUAGUGUUUAUUCGCUGCCGACUUCUUUCGAGAAAUUUGCUAGUGGGAUCAAGCAACACCAGACAAAAGUUAAGGUCACAGCGAAGGUGGUGGAGAAAGGGAGCGUGGUUCGGUCGGCGAGUCCCGCUGCAAGGAAGGCUGCCACAGGAAAUCCAAUUAGAAAUUGGGUUCAGGGAUUUGAAAUGGGGGCCAAGGCUCUGAGGAAGAGCUGGGAAGGAAAUAUGGAGAUCAAGGGUAGAGAGAGCUCCAAAUUAAGAGGUGCCAAGCUUGAUCUCAAGUCUGACCUUCGUAUUUCUACUCCUAGGAAGGGUACAUCAAGUGAGAGGUUGCCGUCUAAGGAAGAUAAUAAGACCCAUACACCUGUAAAGUCCUCCAAAGAGGAGAACAAGGUUCAGAUGCCUACCAAGAAAGUUACUGCAAAUGGAACUUUGGAUGAUCAGAGUAGGUCUGAUAAGCAUAGAAUUUCUGCUGGAAGAAAAUCCACAGGUGAUUUACCUAAUAAUGGUAUCCCUGGAAACUUGGUCAAGGUGCCUGUAAAUAAUAGAAAACUGACAGAAGGAAGUGUUUCAUGGGCUUCACUCCCAUCAUCACUUGCAAAGCUUGGCAAGGAAGUUAUGAAGCAAAGGGAUGCUGCACAGACAGCAGCAGUAGAGGCUAUGCAAGAAGCUUCUGCUGCAGAGAGCCUACUUCGAUGCCUGAGCAUAUACUCUGAGUUGAUUAGCUCAGCUAAGGAAGAUAACCCACAACCAGCAGUGGAGCAGUUUCUGACUCUCCAUUCUAGUUUGAGCAAUGCACGGUCAAUUGUUGAUUCAUUGUCUAAAACCAUACAAGCUGCUGGUGUAUCCCCAGAUACUGAAGAAAGCCCUUCAGAAGAAGCACAAAAGGUCACAUCAGAAAAACGAAAACUAGCAGCCUAUUGGGUGCAAGCCGCGUUAGUUACGAAUCUGUCUUCCUUUGCUGUGUUCACUAAAGAUCCUGCAUCAUUGUCUAUACCAUCUACAGCUUCUCAAAACCAAAAGGCUUCCUUUGGAAAUCAACCUAUGUUAGUUCUUGAAAAUUCAACCAAGAAUGCCUUAACAAAAUCCCAGAGUAAAGUUCGUCCCAUGCUUGGAUCAAAGCUUAGUGCACCUGGAACCCCUCGCCGAGCAGGAGAUGGAUCGGCGGUCACUCAAAAGCUGCAAAGCCAACCAAGCCAACCACCUGAAUGGGUAAAAGGAAAUGGCUUUAACGAGGCUGUUGACAUGGCCGACAAGCUGCGAUUGCAGUCCCAGGAUUGGUUUUUGGGGUUUGUGGAGAGGUUCUUGGAUGCUGAUGUGGAUUCAUCAGCUUUGUCGGAUAAUGGCCAAAUUGCAGGGAUGUUGACUCAACUGAAGAGUGUGAAUGACUGGUUAGACGACAUCAGUCUUAAUAAGGAUGAAGAAGAAAACCCCCAUGUUUCUGUAGAAACCAUUGACAGGCUGAGGAAGAAGAUAUACGAGUAUCUUCUCACACAUGUUGAGUCUGCUGCUGCUGCACUUGGUGGUGGAUCCCAAUCGUCCCCGAGGAUCCGGACGACAGAAAUAAAAGUGAGAAAAUAAGUCAAAUGAAGUUCUGUUUUGGAUUUUGUUCAAAUGUGGUGCGUUCGUUGGACAACAAUGCUGCACCCAACCAUUGAAGCUGUGCCCCUACCACCAAGUGGAACCAAGGAGCCAGUUGUUAAUUUAUGUAUAUAGAAUUCACAUAGGUUUGAGGUAUAGACAGCGCAGGGAGAUUGAUUCUCAAGAAAAAUGAAUUUAGUUUCAAAAUUGAUCUUUUUUUUUUUUUAAUUUAUUUUUUGGGGUGGGAUUUAAAUUGAAUUUGAUUACUGAAAUCAUACAGAUUGUGUUUGGGGAGAGAAAAAUAUGUAUUUCUGUUGUCAUUAAUUCCCAAUUAUAAGCUUUCGUUGUGGAAGAAAACAGUACUUUAAGACAUUUAUAACGUUUCUUCUUUCCAUUCCAAAUAAGUUGGCUUUGUAAUGAAAGUACUUUUCAAUACAUUAAUGGAACUUGCUAAGCUGUACUUUACAUGC